ACCAACCAUUCUGACGGCCAGUUCUUUUACAUGCUAGACACGGCAACGAAGCAGAUGGCGGAUGUCGACAAGAAUAUUGACCGCAUCUCCGGCUUCCACGAGCAGGCCCUGUCGGCAACCAGCGACACCAAGUACCGCCAAAUUGCAAUUGAGCGCGACUAUCUCGUUGCAGAGACAAAUGAGAUGAUCGCGGGAAUCAAGCAGAGCCUUGUCGUUUUGGCGCGCACAGUUGACGACCCAAACAUCCCGAAGAGCCAGCGCGUGGCCCAGGCAACGCGCCAGCAGACAUUGGCGCGGAAGUUUUCCGAGCAGCUGCAGCGGUAUCGCCAGAUGGAGCACCAAUACGCGCAGCGCAAUCGCGACCGCCUCGAGCGGCAAUACCGUAUUGCGCGGCCCGAGGCAACCGACACGGAAAUUUCCGAUGCUAUCAAUAGUGAUCAGGCCGGGCAGGUAUUUGCGCAGUCCGUUAUGCAUACCAGCCGCAUAGGCGAGGCUCGCCGAGUUUUGCGUGAUGUCGAGGAGCGUCAGGACGAUAUGAAGAAGAUUGAGGCGACGAUUAGCCAACUAGCUGAGAUGUUUGUCGAGGUCAACGAGAUGGUCAACCGCCAGCAAGACAUGAUCGACAGUGUCGAGGAGGCCGUCGAGGAAACGCAUGGUAACGUCGAGAUGGGAAACGUCGAGACAAAGAAGGCUAUCGUGUACCGCAUCAAGGCGCGCAAGAAGAUGUGGAUACUGCUCCUCCUCGCCAUCAUCAUCAUCGUCAUCAUCAUUAUCAUCGUCUACUUUACCGUAAUUAAAAAGUAG